AUGGCAAGGGAGAGGCGCUCGAGUCUGCAGGACGAGCUGGCGAAGGAGGAGUUUGCUGAGGAGUUGGCUGCGGCUCCCGGGGAGGCGACAAAGCAUGUGUCCAUGGGCAUGUGCUUGCGCGUUAAGUCCAUGGUCGCUGAAGGGAUGCAGGAGCCGGACAUGUUAAGAGUCAUUGCUGACGAAGAGGGUCGGAACCUGCCUAUUCUGCCAGAGGGCGCUGCCGCACAGGUGGACAUUCAGGCCGCCGUUGCUCGUGCGCUGACAGUUUCGCCAGAUCAGCUGGGCGCCCGGGGAGUGGAGCUUCGCAUUCUCUCGAGUCGCAUGCCGGUGAAUGGCGCCCUGUCGGCCACCUUUCCGUCACCAUGCUCUUUCUGUGGUAGUGUGGCGAAGAAGGCCUCGGACCACUGCGUUAAGUGCUCGGCGUUGUUUCAACUUCUUGCUCACCUGAGUCUCGUUCGUGGUGGAUGGCAAGGGCCCGGUGCGCAGCGUGGUCCAUCUUUGAAGCAGUGGCAGGUUUCGGCGACGUACAAGCAGUUCAAGCCUGAGCUUACCCCGAUCGGGCGCUUCUUGAGCUUCAAGGGUCGCGGUGAGCAACAGGAGACUGGUGAGCCAUUGGCGGCAGUUGAGUCGCCGCCGACAAAGCAGCACCCUCGGUCUGCUGACUCAUAUGAACGUCUGGCGCAAAGCAGGGGCCCAGGUGGUGCGGUGGUCUCCUUGGCCGUUGAGGGCAGUGACUGGGUCGGCCGGGUUGCGCUGGCAAACUCAAACAACCUGUGCUACCUGAAUGCUGCUUUUCUCUCUCUCUUGCACUGUUCGGACUUCGUGAUCAGGACUGAGCACCGUGGAGUCCAGGCCUUGCGUCGGUCCCACUCUCGGGGCCUUCUUCUCACAUCGCAGCUGCAGAUUCGGUCCAUACUCGGGUCGUGGUCUUUCGAUGGUCCUCAGCAUGAUGUGGCGGAGUUUGCUGCUGUCCUUCUUCGGGGCCUGGGUUCCCUUCCGCUUCUCAUGCCUCCGCCAGCACAAGAGUGCAUGCUACAGGCGCGCAUUCCUUUCUUUGGCGAUGGGCUGCAAGUUGUCUGGUUGCGCUACAAGGUCCUUGCUGUGGCGGAGCACCACGGCACGGAUGAUGGCGUUGCAGCGGUUGUCACGCCAUUGGAUCGCGGACGCGCGGAGCUGUCCUAUUUGUUCUGGGCAGCGCGGGCUCAAGAGGGGGAGGAGAUGCCGGAUGCGAGCAUGCUCGAUGGCGAGCAGGAGUGGAACUUUUACACCAAGUACUGGCCCAGUGGGCCGGGCAUGCCGGAGGACAGGGACGUGGUAGUGGCGAUGGAAAAGGCUUUGCGGGCAAUGGUGGAUCGGAGCGUCCGGGGAGAUGAUCACGCCGAUGAUGGUGGCGACUGGUCCCUCCGCAAGGAGGUGCAGGACCUGAAGUAUGCGGUCUCCUUGAUGCAGGCCUUGAUCCUUCGCCAUGAGGACGCCUCCAUCUUGGCGCGCAUUGAAAGCAGCUUUUUGAUCCACUUGAAGCUGAACGUACCGGCGUCGGUGGUUCCCAUGCUCUUCACCUCGGCCGUUGCCUGGAGAAACAUCAAGGCGGAGGAGCCGCAGCGUUUGGACCGGCCGAUGCGCUGCGCGUUGCUGGUCUGUCUGUUCGCUGAGCUGAAGGAGCGCAUGACCAAGGUCGUUCAGGAGCCGGAGCGGAUGGAGGAAAUGGCAAAAAUGGGUUGGCUGGCCGUGGGCUCGCCCGUGGUGUGGCACUUCAUGCGCUGGGACGUGGCCAAGCAGCAGCAAGUUGUGGACACCUCGAACCCUCCUCUCAGCCAGGCGGAGAUUUUGGAGCUUAUUGGCCGCCUCAUUGUGUUUUUGAUCCCGUGGAAGUUUGCCACUGCGCGGUUUCAUCCAACGCGACCAAUGACCCAGGUGAUGACCGGCCAGAACCUCGUGUUCCUACUCCAAACGGGGCAACAUGGGGAGUCGUCGGCCGAAAUGCGAGAUGGGCUGCGACAGAUAUGCCAUAGCUCUGUUCUGCACCUGCUAGCCGCACAGCUCAAGGAGGACAAGCAUGCGCGCUCAGCGCUGGCGAACGCCAUCGCGGACUAUCUGACCAAGAACGCUGCCACCCGCUGA